GCUCGCGCUCUGACGCAAUUGCCCUUUUUAGGAGACAUUCGUCAUUCAAAUGAUUACAAUACUAGGCCAGUGAAUGCCUGUUGCUGCACUGAUUGAAAAGUGCAUGGGUGGAACUGGAAUAUCAACAUCUGAACCAGGAUAAAUUCAUGGCAAUAUACCAUUUAAUUUGCAGAUAGGAUUUGGAAUGAACGCAAAUGAACGAAACUGCAUCUCUGGAGGCGAUAUCUCCAGUUCGAUCAGCCAGGUCGAGAUGCAGAUUUCCAAAAGCCCUUUUAUCGCCACUGUCAAUGCAGUCACAUCGAGACAAGAGCUGCGCUGGAUAAUCGAGCCAGUGAUGCCCAGUGAGAGUCUGGACCAGACCAGUGAACCUACAGCAGCUCAGAGAGUAAGCUUCAAAAGAAAUAUGCAGCUCACACCAGAUGAAGAGGAGAAGAUAAGACGGAGAAGAGAGCGCAACAAAUUGGCUGCUGCCAAAUGCCGCAACCGCAGACGAGAACUUGUUGACCUUCUUCAGGAGGAGACUGAGCGCCUGCACAUGGAGCAGGUCGUGCUGCAGAGGCAGGUGAGCUGCCUGCAACAGGAGAAGGAGCAGCUAAAACUGCUUCUGGCAUCCCAUGCAUCCAUCUGCACACUGGCACAGGACAAACAUCAUUCCUCAGACACUUUUAUGUCAGGAGAGCCCCUGCCAUCCAAAAUUUCCAUCACAAUAAAACAGGAACCUCUGGAUGACGUAAGGGGCUCUGGCCAUUUGGCACGCCAACAGACAGAGAACGACUCUGAAUUACACUAAAUUCAAUGAAGACGAUGACGCACCAGCGCUUUUUAUUUAAUAUCUUUGUAAAUACCUCAUUACCACAAAAGAGACAUUCUGUGUUCAACAUCCAACUUUUCCUGUGGUAAGAAACCCAUUGCAAACGAGAGUGAAAUCAGUUCUGGUGCUCUGUUAUAAUUAUUUUGUACCUGUUCCCAUGUAGUGACCGUGUCUAACUGUCUUUGAAAUAGCAAUGCUAUUUUUUAACAAUAGCUGUAAAUGAGUGGUAUUUUUAAUUGUGGUACGUCUAAUUCUAAAUGCACUGACCUUAUAUGUUUAACAAAUACAUAAAAAGGGCUUGACAAUAAGAAAAGAACGGCCUGAACAUAUUGAACAUUAUUGUGAAUGGUUAAAUUAGUUAAAUAAGUUACCAAGGUAAU